CCAGUCUGUGCCAAUCACGGUCCCGCAGUAGCCAGUGCCCAGUGGGCAACACACAGGCAGUCGUCGUCGAGUCACUCGUCGCGAUCCGACGAGAGAGGCGAAUUAAAUAUUUACUUAUUAGUGACUAAGCGCCGCCGCUGUCCUGCGCGGCCAAAAACUACCAAAUAUACGUUGCGUGUACGCUCCUUUUAUACAUAAAUACAAGUAGCUCUGUACAGCGCGUAUGCUGUGCUCAAUAUAACCGCGGGCGGCUGCAGUGAUAUUAGACGCACAGGCAUCGCGAGUUUGCAACGACGGCUCCCUGAUAGUUGAUAUACUACUGCCAGACUGCGAAGAAACAAAGACGGGGCUGUGUAGCUCUCGCGAAGAAUAGGACGUGUAUAGAUAUAGGUACGCAGAGAGAGAGAGAGAGAAAGAGUCACCGCAACAGCUGGCCGUCGUCUAUCCGCGAGGAAGGAAGGCUAUAGUAGCGCUGCCGCCUUCUCUUCGGGCCGCAGGAGAGCGCGCGGCACAACAUAUCGUCGUGUAUUAUCCAUCCAUCCCACGUAGCAAUAAGGCGCGACUCGAGCGAGAGAAUAAGAGAGAAAGAGAGAGAGACGGAGAGAGUCUCCCUCGUGUGCUCAUCGCGCCAGAAGUGAGAAUACACAAUUACACACUAGUGCAAGCUGCUAGUGUGCGGCCGUCAGAGCAGCCCGAGAGGAUAGAACGACGAGGAGGAGGCGAUCGCGGCCACAGAGAUGGCCAAGACCUAUGACUAUCUGUUCAAGCUGCUGCUCAUCGGGGACUCGGGCGUCGGCAAGACCUGCGUCCUCUUCCGCUUCUCCGAGGACGCCUUCAACACGACCUUCAUAUCCACCAUCGGAAUCGACUUCAAGAUUCGCACAAUCGAGCUCGACGGCAAGAAGAUCAAACUACAGAUAUGGGACACGGCCGGCCAGGAGAGGUUUCGCACAAUAACGACGGCGUACUACAGAGGCGCGAUGGGCAUAAUGCUCGUCUACGACGUGACGAACGAGAAGAGCUUCGAGAACAUCAAGAACUGGAUCCGCAACAUCGAGGAGAACGCCUCGGCCGAUGUCGAGAAGAUGCUCCUAGGUAAUAAGUGCGAGCUCACGAGUAAGAGGCAGGUAUCGAAGGAGCGAGGCGAGGCCCUGGCCAUCGAGUACGGCAUCAAGUUCAUGGAGACCUCGGCCAAGUCGAGCAUCAACGUCGAGGAGGCCUUCUUCACCCUCGCGCGGGACAUCAAAGCAAAGAUGGAAAAGAGAUUGGAGGCAUCAAAUCCACCAAAAGGAGGUGGCCACCAACUAAAAGCUAUGGAACCUCAAAGGAAACCUCCAAGUCUGUUCUCGCGCUGUUCCAUACUCUGACCCCUCAACCAUCUGCUACAUGAUACUAAGGCCCACUUGUCUACUACUGUCGUCUACUUGCGUUCUCUAUGUCGAACGAAAUUUCUGUUCAAAGAGCAGACUUGCAAUGGGCAUAUGCCCUCCAAGGAGUUCUGUGAUUUUACUCCUUGACGAUGGAUGUAUCUUGUCAAUUGGGUGGUGUUUUUAUAAAUUAUACAAAUAAUCGACACUCUCCUAACGGAAACUUUGGGGGAGGAACUGUACUGACUUCAUAGGCUGAACUAUUCACAAAUAGUGUUUUCAUUUUUUUCGUCGGAUUUGAUAAAACAUGUAAAGUUUUUUUUUAUUUUCGAUACUACAAAACUUACAGGAAUCUUUAGAUUGCUCAAACUGGCUGCGUAAUUGACAAAUCACUCAACAGUUUAAAAACAACGCUUUGAAGACACGAACAAAAAACUUUUGAACAUUUUUAAUUCUUUAUACGAUUGUUGUACAACUGUGCAAGUCAGGUUGCAGUCAUUAGUGAAUAAAAUAAGCUCAAUAAUGUGAUGCAAUUUACGAAUAAAAAUUUUUCAAUUGUGUUACAUUGACACGUUUUUUGACGAAGAGCUGUUUCUUUUUCUGGCCAAUGCGCGCACGAAUUCAUUCGUGCGAACCGUUUCUCCCCUGAUUUCUUUGUAUAAUAAUGAGGUAUGCAAGUAAGAAUAGGAAAAACUGCAAGCAAUAAAUGCCAUGCCUUUAUGAAAACAAAGCUUCAUGUCUAUACCUCAUUAAUGUAUUGAAAUCCAAAGGAGAGGGUUGUAAACAAUGACUAAAUAAGGCCAGGCACCGACCACAAUCAUUUUUUUUUUUACAUUGUUGUUUAUUAAUAGCUUUUUCACGAAUUUAACAUCAUCGAUUUAUGUAUGUACAGAGGACCUAUAUAACGAAAAAUUUAUAGCAUCUGCUUGUUGUUGUCACGGCUCGCGUAUCCUUAUCGAUUUUGCAUUUUUAUUAAUCAAAUUGUUUCGAUUCGGAUCUGAAUACACAAACGACUAUUAUAAUACAUUUUAUAUUAAUCCUAAA